AUGGCUGAGAUUGUCAGACCUGCACUUGGCCAACACGUUUCCAUCGGUACCCUUUACGAUGCGAGAGUUGAUCAAUUCCUUCCGUCUUCUAUUUUGCCGCCAAAUCCGCCGCAAGGAGUCGUCUUGCGAAGCCUACCCUCUCGUCAGCACCAGAGUGGAAUACAUCAAGGUUCCAGUCAUGCGAGUCGGUUCAACGCAAUGCGUAUCGAUGGCAACCUUGCAGCAAGCAUUCUAUCUGGUUUAAUCGACCUCAAAGGAUCUGCCAACUUUCUGAAAGACAGUACAUUAGAUGGUGAUAUUCUCUAUGGUGUUAACCGGAGUUUCUUCAACACCUAUGAAGAUGUUCUUAAUCUCCACCAGGGUGUGUUGAGAAGCGGAAUGGGCUCUGGAAUCUUCCUCCCAGCUGAGAGUCGCAGUACCCAUGUGGUCACGGGUGUCCGAUGGGGGUUGCAAAGCAUCAUGACAAUGAAGCAUCGCGUAGACGACCCCGGUCAACGAGUGGCCCUAGAGGCUGCGUUUCAGAAAGACUUAAAGGAACUGGACGAUAUUGCCAAGUCCAUUUAUUCUGUAGACUGCAGCGACAAUUCGCUAAGUCAUCGACUUGAACUUGACUAUGAGUUCAUGCUCUAUACUGAUAUCCAACGCGAUUAUGGCAUUCACGAAGAGACGCUUCCUCUGAUGUGCAGAUUUUUGCAAACAGGUCCGCAGCAGAUCACGCACACUCUUGACGGCGCAGGGUACCCGAUAGAGUAUACUUUACUUCCCAUACACAUGCUCCGCCAUCUCAUGCCUGGCGGGGAGUUUGUUCCCAGCCCUCACCAUCCCAUGAGAGCCAUCACCAAUGUUGAUCCUUUAUUUGUUCUUUUUGAUGAUUUGAAUGCUUGUAAGGAGGAAGUCGAGGAUUACAGACACUCGCUGGUGGGUCGGGAACAAUAUCUUGCAAGGGGCCAUAUCGAGGAAGUUGACACAGCAAUUACUCGGCUUGAAGCAUUCCGGGAAGAUUUCCAGAUGACUCUGCAAAGGAUUGUACUAGGUAUCAGAGAUGGUACAGUGGAUGAAAGUCGUCUCCCGCAGCUAUACAAUGUUCACGAAUCAUCUCCUCGAAAGAUCUCUUUGAUCGCUGGUCAGCAAAGCGACAAGCUCAGAUUCAUCGAGCAAUGUCUCAACAGUGGAGCGACAUAUAUCGGUUUCAAUGGCGCUUGCAUCCACGAACGCACUCUGUCUCACGAUCCUCCUCCGUAUCGUUUUCUGUUCAAUAAUGCUGUGCUCAAGAGUUCGAGUUCGUGGAAUGAUCAGUGCGCAGCUCUGAGGGAGUUCCUUCACAACCCUCAGAACCAGAACCCGGUGUUUAUAGUCGACUGCGAUGCCCCCUCUGAGUACAGAAAGUUGGAAGCUCCGAUCUUUGGUCCAAUACGGACAAUGUCGAAGCCGGUGAUUGAAGUAUCGGAGUAUCGGGAUAGGUCAGCAGAACGCAGGUCUCCUGCGAGACAAGCAGAGCACCGGCAACGGCCACAAAGGUGUAUCGCUCGUUGUGAUCCGGGAGAAAUGGAUUUCGAUGCACCAAGACCGGCUGAGUGCCACUUGGUCAGAAUCCCCUGUCCCGGAAGAUCUUGUGACUCUCACUCGAGUUGCGAAUGGGCCUGCGCCAAUUGCAACGCUCCUCUUGAGUUUGCGACAGUGACUGAUUGCAUCUACUGCGACUGUGGUUCAGCCGAUUACAACUCAUGGGACUUCAAAUGCACUAGCGAUAGUCACGGGCGCGGCUUCGAUCGAUACCACUCGGAUGAGCUUUAUCGACUCUUGACAAGAUCAAAACGGCCUGAUUGUCGCAAUAUUCUGGUUCUGGGUCAGACUGGCGUUGGCAAGUCAACAUUUAUCAAUUCUUUCGUCAAUUUCUUGACGUUCGAGAGCUUCAAUGAGGCAAAAUCAGCCCAGAAACUAGAGUACAGGGUCCCGUGUUCCUUUUCAGUCAGUCACUGGAACUCAUCGGACCCAGGUCAGGAACUUGAGAACCGGACGAUUCGCGUUGGCUCUGGAGAGGAUGAACACGACGGUACAACUGGCGAUUCAGCUACACAAAAGACAUCGGUUUACAGAGUCACUUACAAUGGUACCAAAUACCGCAUAAUCGAUACUCCAGGUAUCGGCGACACUCGAGGUCCUGAAAUAGACAACAAGAACAUCAAGGACAUCAUGAACACUCUGAAAAGAUAUGAAGAGCUUCACGGAAUAUUGAUCCUAGUCAAGACCAACGAAGCACGCCUCACCCCCACAAUUCAUUUCUGCUUUGAGGAGCUAUUGUCCCAUCUUCAUCGCAGCGCUGUUGCAAACGUCGUCUUUGGAUUCACACAUACCCUCAUCUCCAACUAUGCUCCAGGGGAUGCGCUCGGACCGCUUCAAAGCUUCCUCAAGGGCAACACAACUGUUGAUCUAACAGUAAGCCGCGCAAACUCGUACAGUUUUGAUGCGAAAAGCUUUCAUUAUCUGGCUGCGCGCUUUCAAGGUAUCAGGGGCCAAGACGAGAGAAGUUCCCGCGAAAGCUGGGAUAGAUCGAGAGCAGAAACUUUGAGGCUGCUUUCAUACAUAGACAACCUCAGACCACAUGAGAUCAGGCAAACGCUUACCAUGGAAGGCGCACGCGAAGCACUUGGUCGUUUAAUGAUUCCCAUGGUUGAGGUUUCCCAGGAGAUCAGAAAGAAUUUGAGCCUGCUGGAAGAAAAGAUGGCAGAGUUGAAUGACAUGCGCCUUACGGGAGAUGAACUUCGAAAGAAGCUUCAUCUGGAAAGGAUCAAGGUUGUUCCCACAAAGCUCGAAAAGCCUCGGACUGUCUGCAAGAACAAGCAUUGCUGCGAGUUCAAGUCCAAUUCUAACGGCGAAGUUGUCGCAUUCUACAGGUCAAUUUGCCACGAAGAUUGCAGACUGCCAGGUGUUACUGAAGAGUGCGUGGGCCAUCCAGAACUCAUCAAAUGCAAGGCUUUCAAGGAGACCAAAGACAAGAGUUGUACAAGUUGCAAGCAUAGUUGGCAGGAGCAUAUGCAUUUCUUCUAUGAACUGACAGAAAGUAAGGUCAGAGUCAAGGAUAAAGACGUUGAGCGACGCCUCAGGGAUAACGCAAGCGAUAUGGCUCUACGACAAGAGGGUAUAGAUCGGGUUCAACAGCUUGAGAGGGAAUACAGAAGUGAACAGAAACAGCUACGAAAGGCAACGGCACAAUUUGUCGCGUAUUUGAGAGAGCACUCUGCUAAUGCCUUUAACGAUGCGACCGAAAAGUAUUACGACCGGCUCAUCAAGAUUGAGACAGGCAAGAUCCAGUUUGGGAAGGACAACAGAAUAAACGUCGAUGCUAACAGGAGAAAGCUCAAGGGUUUAACUGAUGACAGAGACAGGCACCUCGAGCUAGUCAAGACGAUACAGAAAAACAUGCAUGACCAGACGGAAGCGCUUCUGACUCAAGAUGAGGUCGAGCAACUCAUCAGGGAUCUAUACAAUCUGAAGCACUUUGGUAAGAGUUGGAGGAGUUUGAGAGAUGAUAUUACGCAUUACAAGGACCGUGGCAAGCCGUCGAGGUCGCGGAGGGUCGAGGAGCACUGA